AUGAAGGGAAUAUACGUAAUCGCCAUCGCCUUCCUGGCAUCUUGGGCCGUGAACGCCGCGGACAUCGAAUCUGAGCCAGCUGAUCCGAAGGAAGACACCUACGCGAACAUUCCCAAAAUAUGUCCAUACCCAGAGCGAAAUGAACAUAACACCACGACCAACCUUCCACACGAAACCGAUUGCACGCUGUUUUAUAAGUGCUCUGUGGGUCAACCUGUCUUGCAAAGAUGCCCCUUAAUGACCGAAGGAGAUCCAAUAUCGAGACUGCACUACAAUAGACUCCUGCAAGUCUGCGAUUGGCCAUGGCAGGCCGGUUGCGCCAGUUGUCCCCAAAGAUACCGAAAUGGAACAUUACCGGGCUGGUCUAAAAUAAGCGGACCCAACAAUUGCUAUCAGUACUAUGACUGCAUAAAUGGUGUAGGGCACUUGCGUACUUGUUACCCCGGUACGUGCUUCAGCCGCACAUGUCAGGAAUGCGUUCCGAACAGGGAUGGUGGAAGAUGUUCAGGUCCAGUGCCUACACAGCCGCCACCUACAACGCAAUCAACUCCACCAACACCUCCAUCCUGCACAAACGGCGAUAGAAAAGCUAGCGAAUGUCACUGCGGACAGUAUUAUACGUGUUAUACUCCUGAUUGGUACGUCACAGACUGCAGUGGUGGUCUACACUUUAGCCCCAGAACAAAAACGUGUCUACCACCAAACGAAGCUGGUUGCCUGCUACCGAGGAACAAAUAAAAGCAACAAAAAACUUGGCAAACUAUUCGAGGUUAAUUUUCAAAAAUAGAUGGUGUCACAAGUGUGGUUGCGAGUUAUCUUACAGAUACAAAUAUAAAAAGAAGGCCCA